AUGGCAGAGAAUAUGAAGGCGUGGCAGCAGGCCACUCCUGGUCCCAUCGAGGAGAAGCUGAAUCUCGUGGACAACGUCCCACGCCCUAAUGCAGCCGCCCUCAAGAAAGGCGAGGUUCUCGUCCGCGUUAUCAGCGCUUGUGUCAACCCGGCAGACUACAAGGUCAUGGAGGCGGGACUUCUCGCCCGCGCCAUCGUCAAGUUCCCCAAGGUGCUAGGCAUGGACCUCAGCGGCACUGUCAUAGCCGUGGCUGAGGGAUCGACGGACGUCAAGGUCGGCGAUAACGUCCUUGGCCGCGUCGACCCCGUUAAGUCGUACGGUUCCCUGUCGCAAUACGUGCUGCUGCAACGAGAUGGAUAUGCCGUGCUAUCCAAGGGCGUGGAUCUCGAUCGCGCUGCUGGGUUGCCCACUACGGGGUUGACGGCGUACCAGUGCAUCAAGCCCUAUGUCAAAGCCGGUGACCGUGUAUUUAUUAACGGCGGUUCCGGAGGAACGGGAACCUUCGGUAUCCAAAUUGCGAAGGCCCUUGGAUGUCACGUCACGACAUCCUGCUCAACCGCCAAGGUUUUCCUGGUCAAGAAACUGGGUGCCGACACAGUACUUGACUACCACAAGGACGAUAUCGUGGCUACACUCCAAGCUGAGGGCCCAGUCUACGAUCUGGUGGUGGAUAAUGUUGGCAACUCGCCGAAAGUCUUUUUCUCCACGACGCCUAUGUUUCUUAGACCGGAGGGUCACUUCAUUGGCGUUGGGGGCUCCCCAUCGCUAUCUACGGCCAAGAAUAUCGCCAAGGGCCUACUGUUGCCGGUCGCACUGGGUGGCACGCCGCGUAAGUUUGUUUCAUAUCUCACCAAGAAUGUACACGAGGACUUCGAGCAGCUGGCAAUGUGGCUAGCUGACGGGACCAUAACAACGAUUGUCGAGUCUACCUUUGAAUUUGAGCAGGUAAUUGAGGCCUAUCAGCAUCUGAAGGUGGGCUCCAGUGCGGGCAAAGUCAUUGUACACGUCUCGCUCGAGAUGUGA